AUGUUCGGGAUCGCGUCUCGAGAGGUUGAUGCAGAGAGAAAGUAUGUGGUUCAAAAGGGAAAAAACUUGCAAGGGAAACCCGAUGCCCGGGAUGUUGAUAGGGGGACUCUGACAAGGGUGGACGGCAAAAGCUCGCUCCUGAAGCUCCUUGCCAAACGAUCCACUGAGGAGUUUGCUUUGGCUGCCUAA